GGACCUCAAAAAACCACCCCAGCAAAGCAAAAUUAGCAUGCAAAUUCAGAAUCUGAGAAGCCGUAUCCACAAAUUUAGAAAGAUUCUUCCCCGGUGUGUUCUUAGCCUGAUCUGAAUUCUGCAGGAUCAGAGAUUCAGAAUCCUGAAGAGAAUAGUCUACUGCUACUCCCCUUUAUCCUGAGACAUUUCAAGGGGGCAUUAAUCCAUUAUGGUUGGAGGAGCUAUUGUAUCCACAAGUUCAAUUGCCGACACUCAAUUCCCAAAACCCCGUUUUUGCGAUUCCUAUAGACACAGCAGCAGCAGGUUCUGCUGUUUCAGGGCCCGCGGAGAAGUGGGUUUCUGCAGAAGCUUGCAGGGGAGGCGGCAGUUGAAGCUGGGUAGCAGGGCUGCAAAUGGGGGGGUUUCCAGAAGGAGGCAGAAACUCAGGAAAUUUGUUGUUUUUGGUGAGCUGAAAGGCCAGACGGACGACUCCUUUAAUGAUGUCAAAGAUGAGAUACUGAAUAUGAUGACAUAUAAAGCUGUAAGAACUGUUCUUCACCAAUUGUAUGAGAUGAAUCCCCCGCAGUACACGUGGUUCUACAACUUUGUUGCAACGCAAGGGCCCAACACCGGAAAGGGGUUUCUCAUGGAACUUUUCAAGGAAAGACGGGAGCUUGCAGAAAGAGUGAUGAUAACGCGUCUCCACUUGUAUACCAUAUGGAUGAAGAGAUGUGAUCACGCAGAAAUGUAUAAAAGAAUCUCCAAAGAGAACGUUGAGAUGAUGCGGGAGCGCCUCUAUCAAACUGUUAUAUGGCCAUCUGAAGACGAUGAAAAUGCAGAAAAUAUGGAUUCAUAGGACAUGCUUUCCUUCGAAGAUUUUCCUCUUCAUUGGUUCAUUUUCUCAUCUUAAUGAACAAAAUUGUCUUCUGUCUACCAUAGAAUGCUCUGAAUGCUGCUAUCUCAUUUGUAUUGCUGGCAGAAUUUAACAAUGUUUAGGCAAGAAGUAUAUGGGACUUAGAGGUUAAUUUAGAGCUCUUAUGGUGGUAUUUAAUAUGUUACUAGUGUGGUGUUUGUAUUAUAAAAAUAAAAAUAAUAUUUCAUACUUGGGACUUAGCAUAGUGGUUUGUUGCCUGACUUGAUGUUUUGGAUUGAA